AUGGAGCUCGGCCGCUCGGUAGUGCCACCGGAGACAGAGCAUACUCACACCAUCAUCUGGCUGCACGGCCGUGGUAGCACAGCACAGGAGACGGCAGAAAAUCUGCUUUUGCUCAGAGACUCGUCCAAACGCUCCCUCAGCCAGGUGUUCCCCUCGGCGCGCUGGGUCUUUCCGCAGGCCGAACUGCUUUACUGUGAGCGUGAUGACCAGGACUGGUCGCAAUGGUUCGAUGUCUGGAACGUGCUCGACUUCUCCGACGGCGAGGAGAUGCAGGCUCCCGGGCUGCGUGACAGCGUGCGAAGCAUCACCAAGCUUGUGCACAAGGAGGCGCUGACGGUCGGAGGUCUGAACCGGGUGGUCCUGGCGGGGUUCAGCCAAGGCGGGUCAACGGCGAUCCACGUGCUGCUGAACAUGCCCGCACCGGAUAACAUGGAACCCCCAAAGCCGAAACGGAUCAAAACGGAGCACUUUGACGUCCAAAUCAGGAGGCGGCAGCGGCUGGCCGGGGUCAUGGGCUUCAGCUGCCGCCUUCCAUUUCCGGGUGGGACACUGGAGGAGACGAGAGAGGUGCUGUGCCUAGAUGGUGAACCCAGCAACGAGAUCUACAAAAACACUCCAGUAUUCCUGGGACACUGCGUCGAUGAUCCGCUCGUCUUUGUCGAUUAUGGCAGACAAUUAGCUGAAGCACUGGGAUCUUUCGGUAUGCAGGGCGUGUCUAGAGAAUACCCCGAAGGAGGGCACCGGCUCAAUGCACCCCAAGGAAUUGACGAUAUUAUCGUUUUCUUGAAAGCACAAGGACUGAAAGCCGUGCCGGCUUGA